AUGAGGUGGAUGAAUACGGCACUGCCCAUUGUGAAGAACACCAUCAAAGAGAUGUUUACAAAUCAUUUAACAUCAUUUGAAAAAUUAAAGAGUUUUAAGAUUGCGGAUAUUGGUUGUGGUUCUGGCCCCAACACUCUGUUAUUUAUGUCAGAGAUUAUCGAUACCUUCUACAAUUUGUCCAACCAAAACAACAACCAAUCCCCAGAGAUAUCGAUUUUGUUGAACGAUCUGUACAAAAACGACUUUAAUAACAUUUUUAGUGCACUCCCAUUAUUCUACGAGCAACUUAAGGAGAAAUAUGGACAUGAAUUUAGUCAAAGGUGUUUCAUCUCUGUCGUGGCAUCAUCUUUUUAUGAGAGGGUGCUACCAAGCAAAAGUUUGCAUUUUGUACACUCUUCUAGUAGUCUUCAUUGGCUCUCUCAGGUACCAGAAAAUCUAGACAACAAAGGACAUAUCUACAUGGCAAAAGAUUGUCUUCCCAUUGUGUUUGAUGCUUACAAGAAUCAAUUUAAUAAGGACUUUUACUCAUUCCUUAACAAGAGAUCUCAAGAAAUUUUUCCAAAAGGGAAAAUGAUCCUUACACUUUUGGGAAGGAGCAUUCCAGAACCAUCUAGCAAUGAUGGUUGUUGCCUUUGGGAAUUAUUGGCUCAAUCACUUCUUGAUAUGGUUUCUCAGGGGCUGGUUAAAAAGGAAGAUGUGGAUUCAUUCAAUUUACCUUUUUAUACUCCUUAUUAUGAUGAAGUGAAGGAAAUAGUUAUGAAAGAGAACUCAUUUGAUCUUGACAAAAUUGAGAAAAAAUUGGUCGGCGCACAUAAUAAGAAUGCACUGGACAACGACAGACGACUACAGGUGAAACCUGCUGCAACACUAGCCACUAGUCAAGCUGAUGGCUCACGCGACAGCCUUGACUCAGGGAUCAGCCCACGCCAAAGCUGA